AUGGCCAGAACCAAGAUUAAGUCCACUGGUGGCUCUGCAAGGACAAUCUCUGCUUUAUCUACUACAACUACUGCCAAUGCUACAGCACUAGCGUUGAAGCCCUCUACUUUGGCUGUCCCACCCCCAAUGUUAGAGACUGCAGACGCCCACAGUAUGUGGUGCAUGAUCUGUAGGGAUGGCGGUGAGGGUCCCAUUGUCCUGUAUGAGUGUAAUGUGUGCCCUCGCGUUAUGUGCAGUAAAUGCAUCGAGGUUCUGGACUCUUAUGUUGACGUUGUGCAACGUCCAACAGUCUCCUUCCUUUGCUUGGCGUGUCACUCCAAGGCAACAUUGAAGUCUCCGGCACCAUUCUAUGGAUUCUAUACUGGCGGUCUCCCCAGUCAGGGUGGCAAGGAGGUGCUACCCAGCUUCCUGCACCUCAAUGGGAAAUACGAGAUGGCCUCAUCUUCGAUCAUGGCUGCCGGACCCAUCGCCUUCAUACAUUUUAUCCUCAGUGGUGAGGAUCCCAUCUGCACACCGGUCUCCAUCAUCUAUUGUGGUUGGCUUUACGCCGGUCAAGCACCGAAGGAGAAUGGAAGUGGUCUUGAAUAUGUCGCCAUGACAGUUUCUCAUGUGCUCACUACUGUACUUUCGGCUUACUCAAUGGUCCUCAAGAAUGCCCAUAUCGUUUUUCUGGUCUGUGGCUCUGUUGUUGCACAUCCCAAGCCCUACGACCAGCUCAUGUCAGCCGUCCUUCACUUUGAAUUCACCUCCGCUAUCAUGUUCACAGCCAAACGCUUCCAGCCACUUGUGGCUUCUAACUUCUUCCUGGCAUUUGCAGAGCUAGUGUUGGUGGAACAGCUCUGUGUGCGCAAGACCUUCCCUGAGCUGCUCUCGUUGUCCGGCCGCCUUGGAUUACACACCAAAGUCAUCCUCAUGACUCCAGACCCCACUAGUCCUCACCACCAGCUGGAGUGCACAACAUUUGCACGCGCCCACACCCAAACUCAGCCUUGGGGAAUGGAGGUGCCUGUGCAGUGCCCUCAAUGUGGUUCGACCAAAAGUUGGUCUGAAAAGGUCGCCUUGACGGUUCGUGCAGACUCCCAUCAGUUUGCUGAAACGUCUGAUCCAUCUGUGACAAGAUAUGUCUACUCCUGCAAGUACUCCAACUAUGGUACCGCCCAGAGGCUCGCACCUCACAAAUUCGUCAUUGAGAGACCUCCGGGUUUCAUGGUGAACUCAGCAAGGACCACCAAGUGUGGGUGGUUCCAGGCACCAUCUACAUUCUAUUCACCCCCUUCUUUGAUGAAAGGAAAACGCAAGAGCCAGAUCUUGCCUAUAUUUCUCAAUCUCUCAAUGUCUGACUGGUAUGUGUCAUUUGAAGAGAUCCUUGCUGAGCACAAGGACGAUUUCUUGGCAGCAAAAGAUCCACAAUCAACGCGUCGUCGUCAAGUUCUUCGAAAUGAUGAUCCUGUGGAUCUGCCAAAGGCCUUGAAGAGGGCCAUUAGACGUUGCUAUUACCAGUUUAUCACUGAUGAGGACGAUCGAAAGGCCGAGGACAAUAUAUUCCAUGCUGAACAAGAGGCAGACCAGUCUAUUGUGUCUCCAGAAGAGAGAGAAGCCAAUGCUCGUCCCAAGGAUGCUUCCUUCUACAAGAAGCAGCUUACUGAUUGGGACAUCGCCCAGAAGCUCUUCAAGCAGGAGAUGGACAACUACGACAAGGAAGAGCAACAGAAGAUGGGGGUCCCUCAUUCUAUCAAGCACCGGACAGGACAUGCACGGCAGUGGUUCAAUAGUAUGACCUUUGGUCAAAAGAAGGAAGUUCAGCAGGCGAGGGACAAGUGGAAUGAAGAAGGUGCCCCACCGGAAUCUCAGGCAAUGUACCGCAAGAGGAACCUCAAAAAAAACCUCGAUGCCUUUUCACAGGAGGUUUGUCGUACUAUGGGAUGUCGUAUUGUCAUGCUCGUCAGCCACAAGAAACCUGGGGAGAUGUCCUUGGGUGUCUGCAUCCAUGAAUCUGAACCUCUUACGUGCAAGAAGGCAUUUACAGUAAGUUCGGCAGGCAACAAGGAAUGGGUGGCCGAAGGCUUCAAAAAGUUUUCUGAGUGGUCAAAACAAGAAUUUUACCCUUGUGAUAAUGAGGACGAGGAUGACAACCAGGAGGAGGAGGAGCCGGAGGACAAGCCAUCCUUACCUGAAAUUGUCUUGGACAAGGAGGGCUUCGGACAACUACCUUCUCGGACUGAUGUUCCCCUCAAAGGGCAACAGGAAUUAAUUCGUCAAAUCGUUCAUGCAUCAUAUAAAGUCUUCACUGGCAGCAGCAAGCCCGUCCCUUGGGGUGUGAUCAGUUCGGAUCCUGCGAUGCUUUGGCGCCAUUGGGAGCUCAGGAAGUUGGGAGGGAAGAAGUUGAUCAUUUUUGUUGGGAGUAGGGUCGCUGACUUGAGUGCUGCUCGGCUGGCAAAUGCCAUUCCGUUAGAAAGGACGAAGAAGAGAAAGAUAACAGCUGGCCAAGGACUUGGAGUCUGA